AAGGUGGCAAGUGGGCUACUAUAGAGACCAGAUUGUUGCUAGGCAACAGAAAACGGGACAAACAUGGUGGAGAACGGCAGAAGUGCAGAGGCCACCGUGCCUGAUUCCCGGCUCCUCGAGAAGAUCAGAGCCGCUUUUCAAGCGUUUGACACCGAGUCUGACAACACGGUGGACAUCAAAGAGAUUGGCAGUAUCUUCUAUUUGCUGGGUUGCUUCCCCACUCUGAUGGACCUACUCAAGUUCACAGCUGAGGUGGAAGAGGAGCACUCAGGAAAUAUCCACUGGGACAGAUUCCUCCCAGCCAUGUCUGAAGUGCUACUGGAGCGCAAGUUCCCUCCCAUCUCUGAGGAGCGUCUGCUUGAGGCCUUUGAGGUUCUGGACAAAGAAAAGAAAGGAUACCUUGAGCCUGAGGAGUUGACAAAUUACAUGACAAACGAAGGUGAGCCGUUCACUCAGGAGGAGAUGGAUGAGAUGCUGAUAGCACUCGCUGACAAAGAGAAGAACCUUAUCUAUUACAAAGACAUUAUCACACAGCUGACCCUUGAGCCUAAAUUGUAGGCAGCAACACAGUGUACCUGCUACCAGAACUGUUAAUAAUACACUGUCUGUUGUGAUAUGGUAUAAAAAUUAAACAUACAUAGCUCAGUUCUUGAAUUCUGUGUCCAUACUCUCAACUGGAUUCAUGAAAAUACGUCUGAAAUCCAUACAGUGAGAGUGUACUUAACCUCUCGUUCCUUAUUUCCAUGUAAGACUUUGAAGAGCUGUCAAAAAAAUUCUCCAGUUUCACAUUUAAGGAAUGUCAGUACAGUAUAAAAUAAUCGGUGUGAUGGAGUCUAG